AUGGCGGAGGAUACAAAGUUGUCGGUACGGCGGCCGCAGUUGCAAGUAACAGGACAUAUACGAGAGGCUGCGGAGAAGGCGCUUCACUGUAGAUCUGUGACUGAUGAUCUGAAGAAAGAGUGUCAGGAAAUGCUUCAGGAAGAGAAUGGAAAAACUCUUGUAUCUACGACAGUACUCAGGGACAUCUAUACUGCACUUCGUGGAGACGGCCAAAAAAUCUUCCUACAUGAAAUAAUUAAAGAUGCAGAAUUCAUGCCGCAAACUGUUAGCCCACCAACUAGAAACCCACAGCUGGAGGCCAGAAUUCAAAAGCUGAGAAUUGAACAGGAGAAUAAAGAGUACAGACGAAUGACCAGAAAUGUGAACCAAAAAGUCCAGACAACAUUUACAUUCCAAGAAGAAGUAAAAGCGAUGAAUCGACAGCUCAUAAUGAUGAUCAAUUUCCUCAUCACUGUUGCCGCUGGCUUCGCAUUUGGAUACAAGGGAAUAGAGAUGAUGGUUGGGAAAGUCUUUGCAAUGCAAAUGAUGUCAGGUCUCAUUGUAGCCCUUAUUGUGUUCUUUGUGGAUCUGUACUUCCUGCUGCGAUACGGCUUCUGA